AUAAUACUUAUAUUUGCUUGAUUUUGUUUUGGAAUUUCAACAUAAAAAACAAAAAUAAAAAAUUAACAAAAUAAAAACAGAGCGCGUUUGUUGUGAUUUUAACCUCCACCACCACCACCACACCAUCCACAACCACCGUCCAUACCACCAUCAUCGUCGCCGACCGACCUCCACCGCCAUCGUUAAAAUCAAUUAGAUCUAAUCUGACCUCCACCACCAUCACCGCUUCUGUAAGAGAUAUGCGAAAGUGACAACAACGACCGGAGAGAGUGAGAGAGUUGCGGCGUUAAGGAGAACUACCGGAAAAUACGACGCCGGUGGCCGGUGGAUGGUAGCCGGCGAAUUAAAGAGAACUGAGAGAGAGGAAGAGGCCAGUCGUGAAAGAGAUCUUAGAGUUGGAGAAGAUAGAGUGUAAAGGGAAAGAAAAAAGAAAAGUGAAAAUUGUUUUUAGUAUUAUUCACCUGCUACAACAUCAGUAAUUCAGAUACAGCAUCACAGCCGUUUAACUCAUCCAACGGUUGAAAGUCAGUUGUUCACAGCUAUUUUCGAAUUGAAUCAAUGAUGGAAGGAGACAUAGCAAUUGAAGAACAUCAAAGAUCUUUAGCAGCUCCUUUCGUAUUUCUCAUCGUUCUCGCUUUUCAGUUUGCUUCUCAUUGGAUUGAUCAUCUCAAGAAGAGUGGAUCUGAGAAGGAAAAAGAAAUUAAGUUGCGUGCAGAAAUAAAAGAACUUUUGAAGGAGGCAAGCUCCCUGUCACAGCCAUCCACCUUUGCACAAGGAGCAAAACUCAAAAGACAGGCAGCUGCAAAGGAGAAGGAACUUGCAAAGUGUCAAGAUUUACAGGAUAAGGACACAACUUUGUAUUCAAAUGUUCUGCUCUUCUCAAAGGUUUUAACAUAUUUAAUUUUGCUUAUCUGGUUUUGGAGUUCUCCUGUAGCUAGCAUAUCUCAACAACUCGUGCAACCAUUUGGGAGAUUAUUAUCUUGGAGGACUGGUGGAGUUCAAAAUAACAAUAUUAUGGUUGGCAUAAUACCUUGGCUAGCAGUAUCUUCGAGGGUUAGCAGAUUUAUUUGUAAAUUCAAGUAUAGCAAAUAGACGCACAUGAGCCAGUUUCUACACGGUUUCUUGGUUUGAAGAUUUUUCUUCAACCAUAAUGUCUGUAGUUUGAAACUUGCAUCUAUAAAAAUAGACGCAUGUGAUCCUCUAGAAUGACUGAUUGAUGGCUGGUAUUCUGGAUUUAAAAUGGAAAGAACAGGACGUUACUAGGUUUGUAUAUCUUGAAAUUAGUCCCUCCUAUAUGCAUUUCCUCUUCUGGAUGUGCUUUCUUUUGUGUCUUUUUUUUUUCUUGAAUUUUUUUGGGGUACUUAUUAAGAAAUUGUCUUUAAAUAAGGAGAUUUGUCUUUUAAAUGCAUUUGAUUAGUCUUAUUUAUUUAUUCAUUUAUUUACUUGUUU